AUGGCCGAUGAUGUGAUUGCGAUUUGCAAAGAAGAAAUCGCUCGAAUGGUGAAGAAGGAAAAGCCGGAGAUGCGACCGAUCUUGCGAACGGUCAAGUCGGAGAGGAAUAAAAAUCCGAUCAAGAUGAGAGACAAGGAAUCGACGGAAGUAGUGAUUGAUAUGGAUCCGGUCAAUCCGGUUUUGUUGAGACACGUACCGCCUCAGAUUUCGGGAAAAGACAGCUCCGACAAGAGUAACGCCAAUCGAAGAGCGGUCGGCUGCAAUGAUAAUGGCAAAUACGCGACUAUCAGCAAAACGAAACGUCCCAAUUUAAAACAUCCGUGGAAAGUU